AGAAGGACCCAACAUAUCUCCCAGAUUUUGGCAAAGCAACAAACACAAUUAACUCAAAAGUUUAUAUACUGUUUAAAUACAGUUUUUAACCACUCGAGUAAGAUUAUGGCGAAGUUGUUUUUCACUCUCUUCUUGGUUCUUCCUCUAGCUUCAGCUUUUGCUUGUGGCGCAAGAAACAUCCCAGGAGGACUCUCUGACCAGAAGAAUUACCUCGGAUUCGGUGGUGGGUAUUCCGGUAUCGGAGACAAUGGUUUACCUUUCGGUGGCCUCGUUGGAGGUGUCACUGGUCCCAGUGGUACUCUUGGCUUUGGUGGACUUGGUGGUGUUGGUGGAGGACUAGGCGGUGGCUUAGGAAACGGUAUAGGCGGUGGAGUUGGUGGGGGAAGUACGGGAGGAGUUCAUUUCCCUUGAGUUGCUUAAGAUGAUUUCAGAGCAA